AUGGUAGUCAUAGCCGUGAGAGCAAACGAGUUCACCGAGGGAGGCCCUCUGUACUCCCAUAUCAGCGUCCUGGGACUCAUGAGCCUCCCUCAGAGCCUCCAGUGGCUGGUCUCAGACCCCCAAACAGAGGCUAAGAAAUUCAAUUUCUCACUCCUCUGGGAUGGUUUAGGUCUGGCCUGUGGAUUCUCCAUGAGGAAAGGGGAAAGAGUAGGGGUCCUAUGUCAUGUGUAUGUCUUUCUUAAGGAUCUGCUGUGGAAGAGAUUUGGCUGGGUGCAUGGAGUUUCAUGUAGAGGCAAUGAACCUUCUCUCCGGAACUGCAACCUAGAACAAUGGAGUUGGAAAAACUGCUCCCAUGACUGGUUUAAUGCUGUUCUUUGUUCAGAGAGUCCCUACUUUAAAGCAAUGCUGGUGAAAGGAAACAGUCCCUGUUCUGGGUUUAUGGGACAGAUGGUAGAAGGAAAUCGUUUGGUGAUCACUUGUGGCCUUCGGAGAGAAGAGGCCACUGUUCUUUGCAGAGAGCUAGAAUGUGGUUCAGCUCUUCAACCCUCCAUUGACACCCCUCUAAGAGAAGAUUUUGGAAACGCAUCCAGGGCUGUGACCUGUCAGGGCACUGAGCCUACUGUCCUAAACUGCUUGCUUCAACAAAAAUUUUUCGGUCUCUGUAAUCUAGACUCAAACCCUCAAGUGAUCUGUUCAGAGCACCGGGAGGUGCGCCUGGUGGGUGGUGAGCACCCGUGUGCGGGGCGCCUAGAGGUGCGGCGGGGCCUGGAGUGGGGCACGGUCUGCCAUUCGGACCUGGACCUGGCCACAGCUCACGUGGUCUGCCGGGAGCUGCGCUGCGGAGCCGCUGUGUCCACGCUGGGGGCUGCUCGCUUCGGCCAGGGGAUGGCCCUGCUGUGGACCCAGGAGACCUUCCGCUGUCAAGGGAAUGAGUCUCUCCUGUUCCAUUGCCCCCGCGGUCCCGCGCGGACGAAGCCCUGCUCCCAUAGCCGGGACGUCGCCAUCCGCUGUUCAGAGUACAGGCUGGUGAAUGGCAGCAGCCGCUGCGAGGGGCGAGUGGAGCUGCAGGUUGGGGAGUCUUGGGGCUCCUUGUGUGCUUCCCACUGGGACCUGGCGGAUGCCCACGUCCUCUGCCGCCAGCUGGGCUGUGGGGUAGCACUGGAGACUGUGGGCAGAGCAUCCUUCGGGGCAGGAGAUGGCCCCGCCUGGACCGAUGCCUUUCACUGCACGGGGACGGAGCCCCAUUUGUGGAACUGCCCUCGGAGCGGCCUAGGUGCCGCCAUCUGCCCACCUGACCAUGUGGCUUACGCUGUCUGCUCCGGAGAGUCAGCGGAAGCGCUGCGGCUGCAGGGCGGGCAGACCCGGUGUGACGGCCGCGUGGAGAUCUCCCUGCGGGGCGUCUGGAGCAGGAUCGUGGCCGAGGCCUGGGGUCUGGCGGAGGCCGGGGUGGUAUGCCGACAGUUGCGCUGCGGAGAGGCCCGGAGAGCCUACAGUCUCGAUCCGACGGCCCACGGCCCAGAGGCCACCGCCAUGGGGCUCAGCGAUGUCACUUGUGCCGGGAACGAAACCCACCUGACCCAGUGCCGCGUCUCCAUCGCCCCGCUGUCUCCUGUGGGGAUGGCCUGGGACGUGGGCGUCAUCUGCUCUGGUGAUGAAGGCCUGCGUCUGGCAGGAGGCCCAGGGCGCUGUGCCGGGCGCGUGGAGGUGCUUCACGAUGGGCGCUGGGGGACGGUCUGCGACGACUCCUGGGACCUGGAGGACGCCCAGGUGGUCUGCCGGCAGCUGAGCUGCGGCGAGGCCCUCGAGGCCCCUGCCUCCACCGGGCAGGGGGCCGGGUCGGGGCCCAUCUGGCUGGAUGAGCUGGGCUGCGUGGGGAACGAGUCUCACCUCUGGCAGUGCCCCUCUGCAGGCUGGGGCCAGCACGACUGCCACCACAAGGAGGACGUCGGCGUUCUCUGCUCGGAGUUCACAGAUGUGCGGCUCACUGGCGGUUCCUGGGCCUGUACUGGGCAUCUGGAGGUUUUCUACAAUGGGACGUGGGGAAGCGUGUGCCAUAAUUCCCUUUCGGAUGUCUCCCUCACCGUGAUAUGCAAACAGCUGCAAUGUGGAUUGCGGGGGCGGCUGUUGGACACACCGGAAACAGAAUCCAGAAUCCAGGAUCCAGAAUCCAGGUUUACCUGGGUGGACCACAUCGAAUGUCGGGAGAAGCACCACACCUCUCUGUGGCAGUGCCCCUCCGCACCUUGGCAUCCACACUCGUGCCCCGGGACGGAAGAAGCCUGGAUUAGCUGCCAAGAAGAGUCAGAUGAAAAAAAUGAGAACCCAGGAGACACUCUUAAAUGCUCAGUCUUCAACAACUGCACAGGGACAGAGGUGUCAUUUCCAGUGCAGGAGAAGGUGCGCGUGCGGGGCGGCGAGGAUGGCUGCUCUGGACGCGUGGAGGUGUGGCACAGUGGGUCCUGGGGCACGGUGUGCGACGAUGCCUGGGACCUGAAGGAUGCACAAGUCGUGUGCCGACAGCUGGGUUGCGGAGCAGCACUGGCAGCCCUGGGACGGGCGGCCUUCGGCCCGGGGAAGGGCACCGUCUGGCUGGACGAGGUCCAGUGCCACGGCAGCGAGGCCUCUCUCUGGGACUGUCCGGCCGCCCCCUGGGGCCGCACCAACUGUGACCACAAGGAAGAUGCCGCUGUCAACUGUUCUGGUGAGAGACAAAUGAUAACCUUGCCAACGGAAACAGAUUUUAGAAAAGAUGUGAAUGCUCUCCCUGAGGACAUCUAUGAAGAAAUCGCAAGCUCUAUAGAGUCCAAUUAUGAGGAGAUAGAAGAGACUGACAAGAAUCCAGUGGGAAAGGAUUACGAUGAAUUUUCAGACACUGAGGCCAAGCUGGUGGAUGAGAAGAAGGGGCCAGCUUUUUCAGACUCCUUAAAAAAUGAGGUCACUGAAGAAGGUUUUCAGAAACAGUCAGAGAGGGAGAAUUAUGAUGAUGUCAUGAUGGUGGAGGAGGAGAGGGAGGUAGAUGAAGAGAUGGGGGAGGAGGAUGCCAAGGAAAAGGCCAGUGAAUCAGUUUGA